AUGUUCAACGUCCCUGGAACUCCUUUCAGUUCACCCGAGAGUAGUAAUAUUGACGUUAGGGAUGCAUAUUUCAGAUGUAAGGAUCCGAGGCAUUUAAGUGACUUGGUACAGAAGAUUGAAACUUUACGCAGGCAGGUGACUUGUAGAGAAUUGGAGAAGGCCGAGAGGGCGACGUUAGUCACUCAGGAGAAGCUUCAGCUAGGAAAAUUUAAACCGAUAAUGCUAUCGGGUCUAUGGAUUCGCCCCACUUUUUACGGGUGGAAUCGGGAAGGGACUCUCGAGGCGCAUGCGAACGGGUUUCGUUACUCGACAUCAUCAUCAUCGAGAUCAGAUGAAGGCGUCGUCGAUAUCAUGUACGCGAAUGUGAAACACGCUUUUCAUCACCCUGCGAUGGAAAAGAAGAUGGUUGCUCUACUUCACUUCCAUCUGCACAACCACAUAAUGGUGGGAAACAAGAAGACGAAAGACUUUCAGUUCUCUGUCCAAGUGAUUGAACUCGUGAAGAACCUGUGGAGCAGUAAGAUUAGAAUCAACACCGACUUCCAAAACUUUGUUAACCGAACGAACGUGCUGUGGGGACAGCCGCAGUUUCAAGGUCUCCAGUUUAUAGAGGACGGCUGGUGGGAGUUUCAUAACAUGUUUAUAGAGGACGGCCGGUGGGAGUUUCUUAACAUGGAGGAUUUAGUUUCGGAUUCGGACAACUCCCAGGAGUCCUCCCACCACGGAUAUGAAUCGGAUGAUGGGCAGUCGGAAUCCGAAGAUGAGGAUGAUAGCGAGGAAUUGUUGUUGGUGGAGUAUGACGACAAAGAGGAAGAUGACUCCGACGAGGGAUCGGAGGAAGAAGCGAGUAAAGCCGAUAGAGAGAAAGGGGCGGAGGAGGAGUCUGAUAGUGAAGAAGAGGAGAGUAAACGGAGGAGUAAUACUAAUAAUCAUCAUCAUCAAGGCGGGAUGGCGAAAAGACCCAAAUUCAGAUAAGCACAGACGCAGGAUAUGAUUGUCUUCAAGCCUAAUGAUCCAAAGUCUUCACAAAGGCUUAAUAUAGCGUUUCAACUUAUAACAGG